GUCUUAUCAUUCUCGUGUGAUCCGUCUGAUGCUCGUCGUGUUCGUCCUCGUCGUAUCUAACCGGAAUUUUAAAAUCAUAAUAAUAAUAUUAUUAUUACAAUACAUACUUAUACAUGUUAGUAAUUUUUUUUUUUACACGAUUGUCGGUGGUAAAAAUGAAACAACUUAUACAAUACAACCGAUUAAAUGACUUCACUACACGGUGAAUUAGACGUGAACGUCGAACAUGAAGGUGCAAAACCAUUAUAGCACCGCGGACGUGCAUUUAAUGGAUGAACCACUUUUUGUUCCGUGCCCGUCGUUUUUGGAUUUUUGCGUUGCACAUACAUUCAGGAGACACUUAAAAAAAUGGUUGUCAAAGUGACCGAAAUAGUCAAAUUUGAAAUGGCGAUCGACGUGGUGCGGACGUUGCGACAAAAAAUCAUCGCCGUGUGUCGGAAGCUGGGCAUCGGCGUGUGUUUACGUACCGUCAUGUUGAUAUUUUGUCUCACGUUUUUCUGGGUACAAAUGCACAUGUCUGACGUGGCUGACAACGAGACGUUACAGAUACUAGCCAAGCCGGACGGACUGCUGGACGCUAAUGAUUCUAUGCUCCAAUUGGUUCCUCAGCAUUUGCACAAGUACUUGGUCGCGUUGCCUCAACGUGACCGUCCGCACCAGGCGAUAUUGCCCGGAAACGCCAGCGAACACAUUGCGACAGCGGUCAGUCUGAAUGCAUCCGAAAUACGACGUUUGAUCGAUCAGCAAAACUCUAAACAGAUCGUACUCAACGAAGACGUGUACGGCCCGUUACAAAACGAUUCUCUAGUCAUUGUUAUACAAGUUCAUACACGUAUUAUGUAUCUUCGGCACACCAUAGUGAGUCUGGCAAGGGCGCGGGGCAUUGAAAAUGCACUGCUAAUAUUCAGUCACGACCAUUAUGAUGAACAAAUAAACGAACUGAUACAGAUGAUAGACUUUUGCAAAACCAUGCAGAUAUUUUAUCCGUAUUCUAUACAAACGCAUCCGGUUUCGUUUCCUGGUGAAUCCCCGGAAGACUGCCCCAGAGACAUUUCCAAAUCAGAUGCGAUUAAAAGGAAGUGUAUCAACGCUAUGCAUCCGGAUCAAUACGGUCAUUAUCGAGAGGCGAAAUUCACCCAAACCAAGCAUCAUUGGUGGUGGAAAGCAAACAGGGUGUUCAACGAGUUGGACGUUGUCAGUAAUUAUUCAGGUCCGAUUUUAUUUUUGGAAGACGACCAUUAUGUAGCAGAAGAUUUCAUAUACAUGCUAAAGUUGAUGGAAAAAUCGUGUAGCGUGGCGUGCCCACAGUGUAGUAUGUUGUCGUUAGGAACAUAUUUGAAAACGUACAAUUUUUACGGAGAAGCAAAGGUCGAAAUUUCUCAAUGGAUUAGCAGCAAACAUAAUAUGGGUAUGGCGUACAAUCGAACUGUUUGGAAACAGUUUGUUGAUUGUGCUGACACAUUCUGCAAGUAUGAUGAUUAUAAUUGGGAUUGGAGUCUGCAGAGUGUAUCCAAUAAUUGUCUUAGCCAUGAAUUUAAAGUGUUUGUACUCAAAGCUCCUAGAGUAUUUCAUAUUGGUGAAUGUGGUGUUCAUCAUAAAAAAAGUUGUUUCGAUAUGGCACUCAUAGCUAAAGUUCAAAAACUGCUUAGUUCGGUGUACAAAUAUUUAUUUCCAGAAAAAUUGGAAGUAACUUAUGCUCCAAUCAAAAAAAAAGUAUUGCGCAAAGGAAAUGGCGGAUGGGGUGAUGUGCGUGAUCAUGAACUAUGUUUGCGAAUGGUAAACCGCCAAUGGUGACAUUUGGCACUUAGUAUUUAAUAUUUAUCAUAUUAAUGAAAUAGAUCAAGUUCCUAUAUUAUGGAGUUUAGACCUCCUAAACGUGUAGACAUAAUAUUGUAAUAUGUAUUAUUAUGUCUAUGUUUGAACCAAGUCUUGUUUAUUGUAUUGUUUUUAUUUUAUUAUUAUUAUCACCUAUUUAUUUUUGUUCAGUUAUUAUUAUUUUUUUAUUGGGUGAAAUUUGAUUUUUAUGUAUUGCGUUGCCAUAAUUGCGCUCAAGAAUUUUUAUUUUUAUGUAGUACGGCAACUACUAUAAGUUAUGUUAAGGCUCGAUGACUAAUACAUUAUUUAUAUAUUAAUGUAAUUAUAAUAUUUUUUUAACAUCA